CGCGAGGGACGGGGCAAAGCCGCGCAAUCGCCAGAUCCGCUCUCGGUCCACGCCGUCCAUCGCGCUGCCUGCCCGCCCGCCCGCCCGCCCGCCGCCGCCGCCGCUGCCGCCGCCAUGGGAGUGCAGGUGGAGACCAUCUCCCCCGGAGACGGGCGCACCUUCCCGAAGCGCGGCCAGACCUGUGUGGUGCACUACACGGGGCACAUCUUCAUCCCUGGAAUUCCCCCUUUUAGGAAGGUGCCAUUGUGGUUUGUCUGGUUUCUGGGAAACUGGAAUAGUAAAAUGAACAUGGUUUUUGGAUUUAUAGUCCAGCUUUAUUACUUCAGCAAGCUACUUCACUACUCUCUGCCUCAGUUCCUUCAUCUGGGAAUGGAGACAGUGUCGUGGGGAGGAUUGAGGAUGCUUGAAGAUGGAAAGAAAUUUGAUUCCUCCCGGGACAGAAACAAGCCCUUUAAGUUUAUGCUAGGCAAACAGGAGGUGAUCCGAGGCUGGGAAGAAGGGGUUGCCCAGAUGAGUGUGGGUCAGAGAGCCAAACUGACUAUCUCCCCAGACUAUGCCUAUGGUUCCACUGGGCACCCAGGCAUCAUCCCACCAAAUGCCACUCUCGUCUUUGAUGUGGAACUUCUAAAACUGGAAUGACAGGAACGGCCUACUCCCUGAGUUCCCUGUGCUUGGAUGUGCCAUGGAGGGAUCUGGCGCCCCCGACGCGCACACGCGAAUCCGUGCGGAGCUUUUCCUGAUGUUCCACUACACUUUGUAUAAACAUCUGCCCCGACUGAAUGUGUUCUGUCACCCAGCUUUGCUCUUCCCCUUUCUCCUCGUAUGUGUGUUGAUCUAAACUACAUGCCAUAAACCUCAAGUUACUCUCUUUAUUUUUGUUUUGGGGUGAAGAUUCAGUUUCAGUCUUUUGGGUCUAGGUUUUCAAUUACAUAUUAGUCAAGUAUUAACAGCACAAGUAAUGGGUUAACUUUAGACUAGGAAUUGGUGUGUGGGGGAUGCAAGAAUCUUUAUUUUAUUUUAUUUUUUUGGAUGAAAUUUUUAUCUAUUAUAUAUUAAACAUUCUUGCUGCUGCGCUGCAAAGCCAUAGCAGACUUGAGGCGCUGUUGAGGGCCGAACUAUCUCCAAGUUGAGAGAUGUCUUUGGGUUGAAUGAAGAGCCCUACCCAAAACUGAAGUGGGGAGGGGAGAGCCCUCACCUCCACUGCCCCAUCCCACUCUCCCCUUAAACCCUCUGCCUUUUAAAAGCAAAUCGUUUUCACUGCGAUGUUGGACACUACAGGUAUCUGUCCCCGGGCCAGCAGGGACCUCUGAAGCCUUCUUCAUGGCCUGGCUCCCUCCCUGCCCCCAUCCUGUGGUUUUUUUCUAAUAGAUAUUCAGGACUUUUAUAAUGUCAUAGCUAUCCAGGCUCCACUCCCUAAAUUUUAAGAACUUUAAUCGAAAGUUUAAAUUGAAGGUGCUGUUUGUAGACACUUAAAACCCAAUGAAAGCCCAGCCAUCAUGACAAAUCCUUGAGUGUUGUCUUAAGAAAAUGAUGCUGGUCAUCACAGCUUCAGCAUCUCCUGUUUUUUGAUGCUCGCCUCCCCCUGCUGAGCUCAAAGUUUUCUGGCUUCUCCUUCCCUCCUCUCACUCCUUUGCUGUCCUGUGUAGUGAUUUGGUGAGAGAAAUUAUGGCUGCCUAUCCCCCACCCACUCCCCUGCACUACAUAUGAGUUUCACGUUUUAUUAUUGCAAUAAAAGUGCUUUACGCUGGCUUUUCUCA